AAACCUGCCUUCCUUGCCUUUCUGAUACGGACAUUGAUUUCAACUCAGUGCAGCAACACCAUAACUGUUUGCAAGAACUUUUGCCAUCCACAUAUUUUAGUUACUUAAAUUGACUUUACCUAUCCUUUUCUAACGGUUAUUUGUUCAUUGUUUCAGGCUACGCUUUAGUUGGUCAUGUUUUGGAAACUUUUGUGGUUGUAGAUGAGUUUGAAUGUCAGCAAAAAUGCACAGCAAACAAACGUUGCAAGUCAUUCAAUGUCCGUCCUGAUGACGAUUUUACAAGGCACAUUUGCGAACUAAACAACAAAACAAGGCAGAAGAAACCAGGAGAUUUUGUGAAGACAAAAGCUUCUAGUUAUUAUGGUUCUGUAAAGGUCAGUGAUAGCAAAAAAAACUUUUAAACCUCGAACGAGUAAAUAGUUCAAUUUAGAUCGACUUAGGAGGUUUCAAACAAACAAACCUUGUCUAAUUCUCCUGACUCAUCAUUUCUGCAACAUUAACUGAUACUACUACAGUCGACUCCCGAUAACUUGAACCUUGAAGGGAAAUUGAAAAAAGUUCGAGUUAUCGGGAGUUUGAAGCAAAUAACCGGAGGUAAGGAAAUAGUCAAGUGGAUGGGGAGGGAAUGCAAUUAAGCAACAAAGUAUGGGAUGAACACUGAAUUUGAACUGGAGUGACAAAAAGUAAAGACAAAGAAUUAACUUGCUUGUUUUGAAAUAAACUCAAUGUUUCGGACUUCAGUACACGGUUUUUUUUCCCGACUUUUCACGCGCUUAUAACACGGUUCGAGUCAUCGAGGGUAAAAUUGUGUAGAAAUGAUAUGAAGGGAAAAAAUUACUUCGAGUCAGCGGGAGGUUCGAAUUAUCGAAGGUUCGAGUUACCGAGGGUAAAAUUACAGUAAAUUUAAUUAGUAUGUGUAAUCAAAUGGUGACGAGUGAAAUUAUUCCCUAAUUUCACGAGUAUACCAAUUGAUUACCUAUUAAUGUCAUGGGUGACGAAUUACGUUAGCUAUCUUGGAUUUUUGACAUGUUUAUCCGGGAUCGUAUCGAUCGAGAACUCCUUCACUCUCUCGAACGUUUAGAGCUUAAAUUUGGCUUAAGUUCAGAGUUUUUCGACAAAAUACCUGUUAGAAUCCUUCUUGAUGUGCUCUUUCGUGUUUUCAGGUUUUCUAAAGCGUCUUUUUCUGCCCUGACAUCUUCAUUCAUGACAUUUUAAAACUUCGUCGCCAUCUUGACACUGAGACGUACGUUAGGUUGCCAUGGCAAUUUUGUAAUUUCACAUGUGAAAUUACAAAUUAACGCUGAAAUUUCACGCCAAAAUUAAGGAGUAAUUCGUCACCUAUGAUAUUAGUAUAGGUAAUAAAACAAAUAAUAGCAUGAUUUGUACGUGAUAAUUGGCAUAAAUACCACUUGUGAUAUUUCAAAAUGGUCUCAAAUUUCACUCGCCGUAACGGCUCGUGAAAUUACGUAUAACAAUUUCUAAAUAUCACUCGUGGUAUUUAUGCCAAAUAUCACUACAAAUCAUGCUAUUAUUUGUUUAUACUACUACCCACAAAAGGUUUGUAAUUUUCACAUGUAGGUAUUUCAAAUUAAGCUGAAAUACCACUGCUCUAAGCCAAUCAAAUUGCAGAAAUUUCUCAUGUAGUAGUAUAAAGAAGGAAAUCCAGGGGAAAUCGACUUUGGUUAGAGCUGGCGAGGGUUCGAGUUAUCGGGAGUCAACUGUAUAUGUAUGACGAGCUACUGUGAAAAAAGAAACAAUUAAAAUUGGUUCGCACAAAGGUGAUAUAACAUAUAUUCAAGUGGAUGGAAUCACACACAUCAUAAAUGCAAGGAAAUGAAGAAAAUGAAAACGAUAGCACUUGAAGAUUUCAAGUAAAGUUCAGUGUGGAUGUUUUAAAGAUUCGAAUGUCAAUAAUAUAUUAAUCAUGAUUUUCUUGACUACUUUCUCAAUCAAGAUAUCCUGCUUUCAUAUCUCUCGUAACAAGAAGACUCAAACUUCCACUGGUUACUGUUUUCCAGCUCUCCAAGGAAAAUCUUGCCUCCCAAAACCAGGUGAAUGAGGUCAAUUUCUUCUGAUUGAGUGAUUAAUUUAUCUAAAGCCAGACAAUAAAACUGAAUAGAAUGAAAUGCUUUCUUCUAACAUUUUCAUCACUCCCAAACUUUUAAGGAGGGGUGGCGGAAAAACUACACCAUCAGAAUUCCAGAGGAAAGUUGCAAAACAAAUCUCAAGAACAAAAGGUGCCUAAAAAACGGUUUUUGCCCUUUUUUCCUCUUCCCAUUUAAAGGGUGGAAGAUCCUCUCUCGUACAUUUGCAUCAUUUGCCUUUGCUUACUAAAAAUAGACCAUUAAACGACUAUGGUACUGCAAAACCCCGUUUAAUAAUACGCAUACACUGGAGGAGCCAUAGAAAGUGUCCAUGCAUAUCAACGGGGUGUCCGUAUAAGCGGGUCAUGUUACUAAAGUCAAAAAGACACCUUUUACUGGAGUAAAAUACUAAAGAAAUUAAUGAACGCAAUAAACGCAGGGUCAAAUUGUAUACAGUCAACUCUCUCUAAGACGGACACCUUUGGGACCGGCACUAAGUGUCCGUCUUAGAGAGGUGCCCAAGAGUCAAAUAAAAGGAGUAAAGAAAGGCAGGGACCAACUCUAAGUGUCCGUUUUACAGAGGUGUCCGUCUUAUAGAGGUGUUCGUUAAGAGAGAGUCGACUGUAUCUCUAACCUUCACGCAACCGUCAUUACCCGAACUAAAUCCAUGGAAACACUAAAAAUCGCUCUCUGCAUAACCUGAUUGAUGCCAAAAUAGUCUAAAAUUGGCGUCUACAAUUCAUCCUUCCCGCGGUGAACUGUAAGGUUCAGAAAUGUUCGACGUGCUUUUAGCUGAAGGUUUUUUGCCUACUUUAAAAAUGGAAAGGUCUAUUACACUGAGCAAACAGUUGAUAGGUGUCUGCAUUAGUGAGGAUGACUUUCUAUGAGAUUCUGUUGAUUGGGCAAGAAACGAGAGUCCGUGGUUCGCAUUAACGAGUGUCCGUAUCAGGUAGGUUGAAUUUAGAGAAAAUUCAAGGGCUUUCUCCAGGGACAAAGACAACUGUCCGUAAUAACGAGGUGGGUGUAUGUCAAAGCGGGGUUCGGCCGUAAUUGAAAACAGCAACUGAAUUAAUCAAAAAAGGUUUGACGUACCUGUAUGACGAGAAGAAACAAUAAAACUCGAUGGUAAGAUAUCCAAGCAGGGACAUUAAUUGAUUAUUUUUGCGUUUUUCACUUUUUAAUUUUCAAAUUAAUAGGUAUGUCUCCAUAACCAAAAACGCUCAGUAUAAAAGUGUUUUUGCAGUGAUAAUCCUUUCCUAUGAAAGAUGUUUGAAUUGCAACUCAACCAUUUCUUUCAGAAAAAAGCUGCCAGGAAAUCAAGAAGUUUGGCAAAUCACAAGGCGAUGGUGUGUACUGGAUAGACCCGGAUGGAGGAAACCAUUCCAAUGCAUUCCAAGCUUACUGUGACAUGACGUCAUACGAAGGAGGAUGGACUAUGUGUUACACCACCAAGGAAUACGCCAAACCCAAAACGGAAGUCGCUUACCACCCCCAGUUUCCUUAUAGUAAGGAGGGGUACAGGACGAACUGCAACAACAUCCCAGUAAGCUGACUAUAAAAAUCUGCUUCUGUGGUAAAUUUGUCUAUAGAUCUAACCUUAAAUUGUUUGGAAGUGAUCUCUGUAGACAUCAUAAUUAAUAAGUAGUUGUCAUUUUGACUCCUAUUAAUUCGUUAGUUAAAAGUAAUUUGAAAAGGUCAAGCUUUAGCAAUCGUCUGCUUAGCCUGCGAGCAGGCUCACUUGUUCGAAUUCGAGGAAAAUUAUUUCCAGCGAGGAAAAAAAAAAUUUAAAUAAAACUAGACGGCAUUUGAGGCAAAAGUAGUGCAGGCCUUCCGACGCUUUUUAUCAUUAAGUUUGAUGUGUGAAUGUUUGUGCCGCGUGUCCAUGGUUUAUUUGAUGAUUAUUUUGCCUGUCGACGCCUGCGUCUUUUAACUAAUUAGAUUGCAUCGUUCGUCAGCGAACGCAGGGUAUUCAAAAAUCAAUAGCUUGCGUGCAGGCUCACUUUUCCUAGGCCCACUGGCGGCUGCGCGCCAAAAUUUUUCCCACAAGUGAGCCUGCUUGCAGGCUAUCGUAUGUUGAGGCCACUGCGAACAACAGCAGAAACCAGCCUAGUCCCUAGGCGUUCUCUCUUGUCCCGUUGUCCGCGCGAAGUCUGGGAAAGAGCGCGCGGGACUAAGUAUCUUUUCUGAGGCCUGACGUCAUCCGAGCUCAACACGACAAAACGUCUAGUCCCAGGUUGAGCAUUGACCGUCAAAGCCCCCGAGAACCGGCCUUGUGGUUCAGUUGUUCUGCUUCAUGGACUUUUAAUAACCAGGCACAGAUCACUGAAACAAUUAGUCGAUUAGCAGAAACGAUUUUUUCCUGAAACUAAGACAUAAAAAGCCUGCGAACACAGACGUUUCAGUUCUUCAAUUUCUCAGUCGCCGAUUCGAGCUUUAUUUGGAAAACGACAACACACAAUCGAUUUGUAGUUUUAUUUACCAUCCGUUUUACCGUGUUUUGAAACGAAACUCUUCUAAGUUGAUUGCCGUGAAACAAAACUUAAUUAUACUGUUGAGGAUGGCGGGAAUCAGGAGAAAGACGCGACGACGUGUUUGCAUGAGAUGCAGCCGAGCCGCACAGUCUGAAAUUAUUGAAGUCUUCAACCAAAGAACAACCAUGUUUAAAUAGGCAUUUUCUUGAAUGAAAGUCAUUUAUAGGCAUGUUUAGUUUCCCGCGAGGUUGUUAUUAAAUUCCGGUUUUGAGUUCUUGUUUUGCCUGAUAAUAAAAAAAUUGUUGAACGGACUAAAAUUUUAUUUCCAGUGUUAAUGAUAAUGAUGACUUGGUUUCUUUCAUAAGUAUUGUUAUUCUUUUCUUAGUUAUCGCCUUCGUCCAAAUUAACUUAUGCCAAACCAGUAGCAUUUGUUUGAGCUGACCGUGCUGAAUGAUUCUUGAAACUUGGUCUGAGAACGUAUUAAAUUUUGUGCUCAUGCGCAUUGCGUUUUGCCGCGGUGUUCACACUGCCCACGACCGUCUAUACUUGAAUGCGACAUCCGUCACAUUAAUACCUGGACAAUCUGGACAACUCGCUAUCUAGUUGUGGCCAUUCCCUUUUUUUUUUCGUUUAGCGUCGAACGCGUUUCCUGAUAUUGGGUCGGUCGGUUGGAUUGAAAAAAAAAAAACCUAAAAAAAAAAUCACGAGAAGUCUCGGAAUAGGAGGCUCUGGUCCCUCUGGAUGACGUUAAAAGUUCACAUUUACAUAUUUGGAUUAACAAAGUGCAUAAUAUACUGUAGAAAUGUUCCUGUUUUUCUCUAUGCUGUUACUAUGCUCAUUUUUCAGAAUAAAAGAAUUGUUUCAAGUGAAAAAUGGUUUAAUUACGUCGUUACUUUUUUUUUUCUUUGAAAAUGCCAAAAAAUUGGGUCGGUCGGACGACGCUAAACGGAGAAAAGAGGAUGGCUUUUGGAAGUCAGGGCUAAUUUAGAGGAUAAAGUACGGUGAUAACUCCUUGGUUGUACUUACAUAUUUUGUUUUCUUCCAUUUCCUAAAGUUCUCUGAAAUAAUAUUCAUCGAUCAUCAAAUGGGUAACAAAGCUUACUUCAAACGACGUUCACAUUCAUCUCUAACGGCGGCAUCUAACGGCUAUGACAAAUCAGCAAAUGCAAGUACCUAUGGAUUGUGGGACGGAGAAGGAGUAAACAAGAAUUACUCCUAUCAACUGCUGAUUUGUCAUCAGGAAUUCUACUCUGGGUUUUUUGUUUCGGGUUACACGAACUGUUUCAAGAAAUGUGACCGCUGGUGCGAUGACAGAAUAACACCAUACUUCCGAACAGCAUCCACACAUCGAUAUUACAAAGGAGUGGCCUUCAAUAUCAAUGGUCAUUAUCCCCACGUGGUGGAAAAUAGGCUGAUCAGUGUUGGACUCCGCUAG